AUGCACGCCUUCGAUGCCACAUGCCUGGAGGAGUGCCUGAAGGUGGUGUUCGCGGGCACCAUCUCGGUUGGCCCCGACGGCGCCAGCUCGCUCCAGGAGGCGGGCGCGCCGCAGGAGUGGGUGUUGCACGGCCUCGCCAAGGUCACACUGCCGGCCCUUACGCUCGGCGUGGCGGACGUCCGCGGCAUGCCGCACCUGCUGAAAUCUCUGCUUCCCGCGGCGGAGGAGCUGUGCGGAGUGAGUCGGACGGGUGUUGUGGCCGAGAGGCCCUCGGAGGUGAGGGCGCGCGUCCUGCUCGUCGGCGGGUACCUGGCGUCCCACCUGCUGGAAGGGUGGUAUUCCCUGCUGCUGUCGGCCCUGUACGUGUACAUCACUGUGACGACGGGGUAUUCUCUGCUGAGCGGCGCAUGGGCUCUCAUAGGGGACACGGCCGCCUUCGACGAUCAGGAGGAGGAGUGGUGGUGGGCGGCUGUCAGAUACGCCGUGGCACACCUCGAUGCCCACCUCUAUGUCUUCAUGGGUGCUUGUCUGGCCACCGUGCACCGGUGCUGGACAGGUCGCCGCCUCUUCGUGCGCUAUGGCGGGAAGAUGCUGGUCAUAGUCGACUGCACGGUCAACUACAAGCUGCUCCGCGCCUACGUGUCCAAGCUGCGCGCCCUCGCGUUCCGAUUCACAACCUUCGGUGUGUCUGGGCAGAACGGGGAGGACCACUUUGUGCACGAGAUGACCCACCUGACCACGUCCGAGGUGGUGGUCUUCGCCGGCCGUGCCGACGGCCGCCUCGGGACGCUGGCCUCCAUGGAGGCCGCCAGCAUCAUGUCGCUGCAGCAGGCGCGCUUCAUCGCCGCGAACCCGUGCACCGGCGUCGAGGUGGUGUCUGUCGGGCACAACCCUUGGACGAAGCCUGGGCUCUUCGAGAGGUCCGUGACGCUGUCCUCCGAGCACAGGCCCGCGUUCUACUCCCAGCAGCUGCUGCACAGCGCCACCGGCGGGCACGCGCCUGCGGACGUGAUGCAUGGGGUUGCCAUGCUUGCCAAGGGGGACCUGUCCAGCGCUGGCACCCGAAAAGGGAACGCGGCUGCCUUUCAGGACGUGCGGAUCGAGGACAUCCAGCAAGAGAUGAUUUCGAGGACGUUGGACCUCGAGGAUGCCCAAGACGUCAUAAGUUCAAUCGUGAAGGGGCACUCUGAUGCCUUGGGAAUCGACCCUGAGGACUUCGACGUUGCCAAGGUUAUCAACGCGGAUGUGGCCGCACAUCUCGCGAGCUUGAACGCCAGCAAAGAAUUUGUAUACUCCUCGCUCUCGCGGCGCGGUCUCACGGCACUCGCUAAGCUAAGCCCUACUGGUUCGAGUCUCUACCCCCAGCAGGACCCGACAAUUCCCAGGAGUCCCUCAGCGCAUCAUCUGCAGUUCGACCGCUCGCGCUCCGAAACCGACUUAGUGCGAAGUCGGUCGCUCGUGUCAGACUCGGUGAUGCGAGCCCCUACGAAGGGCAGUCGCAAGAUCAAGUUCACCGCCUCGACGAUCAUGGCAGUGCUGCGCGGCCGACAGAUGGAGACGAUCAUUGCCGACAUGCGGCUGAGCAGGCAGAGGAGGUCCCGGGCCAAGCUCAGUGACUGCGACCUGUCGCCCUCCUGCCAGCUCGCGCUGAAGGACUGCUAUGAGGCGUGGGCCCACCUGGCGGCACGGAGGUCCAAGGAGCGCGAGCAGCGCGUCACCUCCUACAUGGCCAAGGUGGCGGCGGACAGGGCGAAGGCCUCGUCCGUCGUGCUGCCGCCACGGGCGGCGGCGUGGAGGACGCAGGAGGAGUACCGACAGCGCAGGCGCCAGUGGAUGAUGCGGUACUCCUGGCUGCCCCUCGCGAUGCACGCGACUCGCAAGUGCUUCGAAGUCUGGAGGGAGCUCGCGGAGGCCGCGAGGGCCCGCAGGGUGGGGCCCUCCACGGCGAUGAAGAUCUUGAAGACCGUCAGCCCGGUCAAGGCCUACAGCGCGGGCAUGUACAGCCCGAGCAAGAUUUUGAGCUGGACCAGGAGCACCAGCCCGCACUCGGUCGACACCGAGAACAGCCCCCACAAUACGAAGCUGUGGGACAGCGUCGUGAAGAAGGUCACCAUGGGGGACCGCGAGGGCAGCAAGGCUGUCGUCAUCGGCGAGCACCUGGGGUCCGAAGACAGGGAGGGAAAAGCAGCGAGUGGCAGGGACCUGAUCCUCAACCUCAGCUACAUGGAGGGUAUCUACGAGACGCGCGUUGCUGCCGCGGAGAGGCUGCUCGCCUUCUACGUCCUCUUCCACGCGGCUGUGCGCCCGGUCUCCCGCCUGUGGGGCCUCAGCUUCGACAUGGACCGCAGCGAAUCCAGGCUCCGCGUCGCCUCCACGCCUGCCCCGGUGCCCUUCGUGGAGAGCACGGACGACGACGAGGAACCGCCGCCCCAGCACGACAGUGCGGUGCUCACGGACCCCCCCAUGCUCGAGCGGGCGGAUUCGGGCUUCGUCAUCUAG